AUGACAACAAGUGGAACUCAGAAAAAGUAUGUUGUUGAUGUUUGGUCAGGUAACCACCAGUUUUACCUCGGUAACCGUUCAUCCAACAUGGUGAAUGAUGAUCAGGUGGAGAAGUUCCGUAAGAAGUUCGGUGAUUUAUCGGACAUUAUGGAGAUUCCUGUACUCAAAGGUGAGAUUGUUGUUCCUUCAAGGCGUAAAGGGAUUAAAAGUGGUGGAGGGAAGAAGAAGUAG